AUGGAAGGAGGAAGGGCAAGUGAUAAAGCGAACGAAGGGAAGGACAACGACAAAGAAGAACAAGGCAAGAAAGCGGGAGAGGAAGGAAAAGAGGGGCAGAGGGAGAAAGCAAGGUACAGUGUGGAAUUAACUGUGGAAGUAGUAGUGGAAGACUCGGACAUUGCAGACGGCACCAGGUUCCUUAGAGUGAGAUUCAACAAUAAGGUCCGCUCCCUGCCGUACUCCACGAAGUUCGACACGGUGAAGGGUGCGGAAUACUUCCGGGUCCUGCACAAUGGCCAGGUUCCAGUGUGCAGGUUAUGCAUAAAGCCGGGUCAUAUCUUUAGAGAAUGCCCAGACUUUAAGUGCCACAGGUGUAAUGAGCAAGGGCAUUAUGCCAAGGAGUGCAGGUAUGGAGCUGAGAGAGCGGAGAGAGAGAGGAAAGAGAGAAAGGAGGAAGAUGACAAGGAGGGAGAAGAGGAGGAAAACGACGAGGAGGAAAACGACGAGGAGGAAAACGACAAGGAGGAAAACGACAAGGAGGAAGACGAGGAGGAAGACGAGGAGGAAGACGACGAGGCAGAGGGGGCAAAGAAAAGACUCCAUGAUGAGAUAAGCAGCGAAGAUGAAGGUCCAGUGGUGGACGACAUCUCGGGGGCUUCGGUGAUGGAGGAGAAAUCACCAAAGGUGGGAAAAGCAAAAAAAGUGCCAGGAAGGGCGGCGGAGGCGCCGACGGAAGCAGCAGAGGUGCCGAAGGGAGCAGCAGAGGUGCCGACGGGAGCAGUAGAGGUGCCGAAGGGAGCAGCGGCGGGGGAAAGAAGGUUCGGGGUCCUGUAG